UGUUACAGCUGGCGCACCAUGGCGGCGUCCGGGCAUGUUCAAAGGCGAGGAUGGCUCUCCGUGGCUGACUGAAGCUGCCGCUGAGCGAGAAAUAUAACACUGGGAACAACAAUGUAAAGACAUCGAAGUGAGUCCGACAGCGUAACCUAGCAGAGCCCAGGUGUACCCGGAGGAGUCUGGCGGCCUGACGGUGAAGUGGCGCGGAGAGCCGGCGGUGCGGCGCUGAGCUCGCACUUUUACCCAGGAUUCCUUUCUAAAACUGGGGCAAUGUCCAGAGUGGGUGUGGUGUUUGGGGGCUCCCGUGGCAUCGGCCGUGCGGUUUCCUGGCUGUUGGCAGAAAGGGGACAUAGGGUGGUGGUGGUGUCCAGAAACGUGGAAGCAGCACAGGCUACAGCAGACUCUCUUCCCGGAGGGGAGCAUGUAGGCCUCAGCUGUGAUGUUUCUAGAGAACAGGAGGUCCAGAGAGCGUUUGAGACCAUCACUAAGACCUGUGGUCCUGUGGGAUAUCUAGUCAACGCAGCAGGCAUCAACAGAGAUGCGUUAUUAUUAAGGAGUAAAUCUGAGGACAUGGUGUCUGUUCUUCACACCAACUUGCUUGGCUCCAUGCUUACCUGCAGGGCGGCACUACGGAGCAUGCUGAGCAAAGGGGGUGCUAUUGUCAACAUAGGCUCGGUGGUGGGUGUGAAAGGAAAUGCUGGUCAGUGUGUGUACAGCGCCAGCAAAGCCGGCCUGGAGGGUUUCACACGCUCCCUGGCCAAAGAGGUCGCCUCGCGAAGUGUUCGAGUCAACUUGGUGGUGCCAGGGCUCAUCCGGACAGAUAUGACAGCGGGACUUAAGGAGGAGGACGCCGGGAGGAGAAUUCCCCUGGGCCGUUUUGGUGAGCCCAAGGAAGUAGCACAGGCUGUUCUGUUCCUCCUCGAGUCACCUUAUAUUACAGGGCAGGUUCUGCUUGUGGAUGGAGGACUACGGCUGGUUAUGUGAGGCCUGAUUACUAACUGUAUGUUGCUACUGUUGGACUAGUGGCACAGCUCGGUCCUUUGAGGGCAGAGCAAAGUGGAUUUUUGGAAUACUGUUGAUGAAGGGGAGGACAUUGUGCUUCACUUCAGGACCUACUCCUUGUACUCUGGGGCAGUGAUGGACAUAUUGGUUGAAACUUUGUGCGCAUAGUUAGGAUUUAUGCUGACUUUGAUCAUUUUUAUCACAGACUGAUUUUUUGCAUUUUGAAAGAUGAUAAAGAAUAGGCGGUUCCUUUUUAUUGGCCUUCACUGGCUCAGUUUGUGGCCAUUGAUCUGAAAUAAUGUCCUCAGUUUAUGAUCAACAGUAGACAACAGGUAAAUGAUAUGUUCAGUGUGUUACAUCAUCCUACAUGAAUUCAGGGGUGCUGCUAAUGACUAUUUAGUAACUUAUUAAUCUAUAGGAUGCUUUAUUGAUGUAUAGAUCAUUUUGAUCAACAGUGAAUAUGCAUAUCGAGAGCUACAGUGGCAUAUCUAAAGUGUUAAGUAGUCAAUAACGUCAGCGUCAGUCUGUUGCACUACCAGUGCGUUCAGUAUUCAUGCAGUGUUCUCUAUCAUGGCAUCAGCAUCAUGACAUUUCAGCAGAAAUAUAGGCCUGGUCUUUGGCAAAAUUACAUGUUUACUGGAGGUUAUUUUGAUAAAGUGUCCAAAUGUUAAUGCAAUUUUUUAAGAGAAUUAUUGUUACUUUUAAAGUGCACACAAAGUCUAAAGCAUAAACCUUAUCUUUCUCAAGUCAUUAUAACAGACUUAUCUUUGAUGUAUUUUACUGUGUGGAACCUUUCGCUUCAAUUGGAAAGGAGCAACAUAAGAAACCUGAAGUGUUCUCACGUUUUAAGAAUUAAAGACUGUUGGACUGAAUGGAACGUAA